CUUUUGAAGAGCUUGAGAGGGCUCUGAGUAUUGCCCAAAAGACAGAGGAAGCCCGGAAAAAAUUGCAGGCAGAAAUGGAUGAAAAAAUCAAAGCAGUAGAAAAGGCAAGUGAGGAAGAGAGGGUAAAUCUUCAACGGGAGUUAACCAGAGUGAAACAAGAGGUGGUUGAGAUUAUGAAGAAGUCUUCAGAGGAACGUGUUGCUGAACUGGAAAAAUUCCAUAAAAAAGAAAUGGCUACCAAAGAUCAGGAGCUACAUGACAGAUUACAGGCCCAAGAAAAGGCAUUCCAGGAGAAGAUGAAGGCAGCUCUUGAAAAAAAUCAGAGUGAGUGUUUAAAAACCCUUCAAGAGCAAGAACAGCAAGAAUCCCUAGCCUUAGAAGAAUUAGAGCUGCAGAAGAAAGCGAUACAGUCAGAGUGUGACAAGAAGGUUCAGAUGAUGCAUCAAGAAGUAGAGACUUUUAGAACUAGGAUUCUUGAACUGGAAAGUUCUCUUGCAAAGUAUUCGCAAGAUGACAGAAAACAAUCAGAGGAAUUAAGUACUCUGAUGGAGUCUGAAAAAAAGCAGCAUAAUAGGGAAAUCAGUGAUAUGGUUGAAAAACACAAGAAAGAAUUGGAAAACAUGAAACAGCAGCAGGAAAAGCUUUGGACAGAAAAACUUCAAAACUUAAAGCAACAACAAGCAACUGAAAUAGAAAAAAUUAGAGAGAAACAGGAACAAGAGAUAGAUACAAUUUUGAAAGAGAAAGAAACAGUUUUCCAUGCACACAUAGAAGAGAUGAAUGAAAAAACAUUAGAAAAACUUGAUGUGAAACAAACAGAAUUAGAAGCUCUGUCUUCAGAGUUAUCAGAAUCACUAAAAAUGCGUCAUGAUUUAGAACAAGAGCUCUCAGAAUUGAAUAGUAAAGUGUGUGAAGCAAAGCAAGAGUGGGAAGGAAAGUUGGAAGAAGAGAGGAAACGGCACAAAGAAGAAGUUGAAAUGAUGUUAAAAGAGCACGAAAUAUCUAUUCAAGGAGUUGAAAAAGAACUCAGAGAGGAACUCAACCAAAUCAAGCAGUCAUUGGAGGAGAAAGACAGACGUCUGGAGGAACUAAAAGCACAUGAACAGAAACUAAAGGAAUCUGCAGAAAGAUCUGAAGCUGAACUUGUCCAAGUGUCUACAAAGCUAGAGGAGCUUUCGGAGUCUCAUCGGAGUACUUCUAAUGAGCACGCAAAGACUUAUGAAGAGGAAUUAGCCAAAUUGCAGCAGAAGCUGACAGAUCUUGAAGGUGAAAAAUUGCAACUUAGAGAUCAGCUAGAAAGAACUGAAUCCCAGCUGGAUAAAGUCAAGAAUGAAUUAGAGGCAUACAUCUCUCAGGUACAUGACCUGAAGCAGCGUUUGCAAGAGCAAAGCAAUGAAAAUACACAAAAAGUAACAUCACUAACACAACAAUAUGAAUGUCAGCUGGAGGAUCUACAAAGAGAGGCUGAUGAGAUAAAGAGAAGUCUAACUGAGAAAGAAAAUGAAAUUGAACACGUGAAGAGGUUACAGGACAAGCAAGUGGAAGAACUUAAACAGAAACUGUUAGCUGCAGAGGAGAGAAUCAGUGCUUUACAAGGAGAAUAUGAAAGUAAACUGAAACGUCAGGAGAACAAAAUGGACAAAAUUAAACAGAAAUCAAAAGAUAUGCAGGAAUCGUUCAAAAAGAAACUUGCUGAGCAGGAAGCUAAACUGAAAAAGGAACUUGAAAACAAGCAGUUGGAGUUCAGUCAGAAAGAGAGUGAAUUCAAUGCUAAAAUGUUGGAAAUGGCACAUGCCAGCUCAGCUGGAAUCAAUGAUGCCAUAUCAAAACUGGAAUCUAAUCAGAAAGAACAACUAGAGAGUCUUGCGGAGGCUCAUAGGAGGGAGUUGGAAGAAAUUACCCAGAGUUGGGAGAAGAAACUCAGUCAGCGGGUUGAAGAGCUCCAGGAAAAACAUGAAAUGGAACUGCAAGAGAAAGAGCAGGAAGUUGGAGACCUGAAACAGAAACUUGCCACCUUCAGUGCUGAGAAGGAAGGCUCCAGAAUAGAAAUAACCCAACUGAAGGAAGAACAGGUGAAAAAGGAGGAGUCCCUGAAGGAAUUGCAAGAACAACUGAGGGAGUCAGUGGCUAAGGUGAAUGCUUUGUCAGGUAAGGAAAGUGACCUGAAAACACAGUUGAAAAAAUUGGAAAGAGAUCUUAAUCAGUCCCUGAAAGAGCAGUCAGGACUUCAGGAACAGCUCAGUAAACAGAAAGCAGUUGAAGAAAAGGACAAAGCCAAAAUUACUGAGCUGGCUGAUACACUGAAAACACUUGAAGAGAAACUCCAAACUGUGCAGUCUUCUCAGUAUAAAGAUCAUGAAAAUUAUCAGAAAAAAAUAGAGGCAAUUCAGCUAAAAGAAACUGAGUUUAAAAAGCAGUCAGGAGAACUUGCAGCCCAGUUAGAUGCUUAUUGGAAGAAUGCUGAAGCUUUAUUGCAAACAAAAAGCAAUGAAUUAAUUGAAAAAUGUAAUGAAAAGAUUGGCAUAGUAACAUGCAAAAUUGCAGAUUGCGAGCGCCGAACUGCAAAAGUUAAAGAAGCAGUAUUAACUAAAACAAGUAAGAUUCCUGAACUAGAAGCUCAACUUAGAGAAGUAACAGAGCAUCAUUCUGCUGCAACUACUUCUUUGCAAAAGUCAAUGCAACAGCUGCAAGAGAAGGACGAUAUAAUUAUGUCCAUGAGAGCUGACAUUGAAGGACUUGUAACAGAAAAGGAACAAUUGCAAAAAGAGGGAGGGCAUCAGCAGCAAGCAGCAUCAGAAAAAGAAACUUGCAUAACACAGCUGAGGAAAGAGUUAUCUGAAAAUAUUAAUGCUGUCACCUCAAUGAGGGAGGAGCUCCAGGAAAAAGAAUCUGAGAUCUCUGCUCUGAACAGAACAAUUAAUGACCUUAAUGUUAGACUUGAAAGCACGAUAAGUUUAACGGAGAAGGAAGCAGCCAUGUCUCUGUUAAGCAAGCAAUAUCAAGAAGAUCAGUUGCAGUUAUUAAACCAGGUACAGGAGUUAACGUCCAGAGUUGAGACACUGAGUCAAGAAAAAGCAUCGGCUCUUGAGCAGGUAGAUCAUUGCACGUCCAAGCUGUCAGAGUGGAAGAUGAAAGCACAAACCAGGUUUACACAAAAUCAUGAUACUAUUAAAGAUUUGCAGAGCAAACUUGAAUUAAGCAAUACUGAAGGCAAUAAAAAAGAUGAAGAGCUAAAUAAACUGAAGGAGCAGCUGGCUAAACAAAGCAAGAAUCUCGAUAGUUUAAAAAGUGAAUUGGAACAAAAGCAAAACAGGAGGGAAAAGCAAGAAAGUGAGUUAACAGCAAAGUUAAAAAAACAAGCAGCAAGAAUUGCUGAGCUAGAAGAGCACAUUGCGCAGAAAACUUCAGAAAAUGAUUCCUUGAUGGAGGAACUGAAAAAGUAUAAUGAACAAAAGGAUACAGAGCAAAAAGAGAUAGCUUGGCAACUCCAGCAAGCAGAGAAGGUGGCUUUUGAAAAGGACAAUAGAUUUAAGGAGGCUGAAGAAAAAGUGCUUAAUCUUGAGAAGCAAAUAGGUUCACUGAAAGCUGAAUUUGAAGCAAAGGAGAGGGAAUUUGAUCAAAUGAAGUCAGCGAUACUUAAAAGUAAAGAGGAAGAACUGAAAGAAUUAGAAGAGAGACUGAAUGCAGAGAACAGUACUAAGCUGGCAGAUCUGAAAAAGAAGGCAGAGCAAAAAAUUGGUUCUAUUAAAAAGCAAUUAAUAUCUCAGAUGGAAGAAAAAGAACAGCAAUUUAAGCAAGAUAGAGAAAAUCAGUUAAGAGACUUGGAACAAAAAGUGCAGGAGAGGGAGGCCAAAAUUGAGUCCUUAGAAGAAAAAAUUAAGUCAACAAGAGAUUCCACAGAAUUAGAGAAAGAAAUGCUGCAAAAAGUAGAGAAUGUAAAAGCUGCUGUAGAGCAAGAAAAAAAUAACAUGCUUGAGAGUGUCCAACAGAUGUAUGAAGAGAAAAUGCACGUGUUACAGAAGGGCUUAACCGAGAAAGAUGAAUUAUUGCAAAAGUAUGAAAAGGAACAACGAGAGAGUAAUGACUCUCAUCUAGAACUGCAAAACAAACAAGAACUCCUCCUUAAAAAACUAGAAUGUGUUGAGAAGAGCCAUCAGGAGGAGCAGAGUAGGACUGAAAGCCUCAAGAAAGAACUUGAAGAGCAAACCAAAAAAUAUGCAUUGUUAGCGGAUGAGCAUGCUUGCUGUGGCGGUGAUUUAGCAAGCAGUAGGGAAGAGUUAAAAGCUAAAGAACAAAAACAUCUUGAUAUGGAGAAUGUAAUUGGAGAUUUGCAGAAAAAAUUGCAGGAAAAGGAGACAGGCAGUCAGUCUUUAGAACAGAAGAUAAAAGAGUUGGAAAAUAAUCUAGUGAAGGAAAAUGAAGCACAUAAGAUUGAGAUGGAAGAUAUGAGUUUGAGAUAUGAAGAAAAGCUAAAAAGUUUACAGCAACAGUUGGAUGAAAGAAAUGACAAUCUGAAAGCUGUUGAGGAAAACGCUGAAGAAAAGGCUAAAUCUAGUUUGGAGCUGCAGAAGUUACUAGAUUAUAUGCAGAACCAGCAGAAAGAUUUGCAGACUAAACUGGAAGAGACUGAAAGGGAGAAACAGAAAUUACGCAAAGAAGUGAAUAAUCUUCAAAAAGACUUACGUACUCUGCGAAAAGAACAUCAGCAGGAGCUUGACAUAGUAAAGAAGGAGUCCUUAGAAGAAAUGGAGCAGAAAAUCAGAUGUGAACAAGAAGACAUUGAAUUAAAGCACAACUCCACCUUAAAGCAGUUAAUGAGAGAGUUCAAUACUCAGCUGGCUCAAAAAGAAAGAGAAUUGGAAACAGCAGUAAAAGAGACAAUCAGUAAAGCCCAAGAGGUAGAAACUGAAUUGAUAGAAAAUCAUCACAUAGAGACAACACAGUUACAUAAAAAAAUCGCGGAAAAAGACGAUGAUCUAAAAAGGACUGUGAAAAAAUAUGAAGAAAUCCUUGAGGCUCGUGAAGAAGAAAUGACGGCAAAAGUUCAUGAGUUGCAGGCACAGCUGGAAGACUUGCAAAAGGAAUACAAACAAAGGAUGGCAGAAGAGGAAUGUUGGAACAGUGACAAAAUCACAAUAACAGAACUUCAGGCACAGCUUGCACAGAAGACAACACUAGUCAAUGAUUCAAAACUGAAAGAGCAGGAGUUCAAAGAGCAGAUUCAUGUACUGGAAGACCGGCUGAAAAAGUAUGAGAAGAAUAUGUACGUUACAUCAGUUGGAACACCAUACAGAG